UAUGGACCGACCGGCAAAACACAGAUAAAGAUAUUAUAAUAUUAUAUUUAGAUCACGAUCUCCUAAGACCGUGAUUUAGAUUAUUAAAUUUUAAUAUCAGAAUUAUCUAUACUCUAUAGUAUAGAUAGAUUUCUGCGACUAGCUACUAAUAAUAUUACUUUAUUUACUAUGUAUAUUUUGUUAUGGUAAAAGUAUUUUGUUAAAUUAUAUAGUAUAUUAGUAUGUGCCUAGGCACCUAGUAUUUAGCAGCUAAUAACAAAAUAUAACUUAUAGUGUUUCAUACGAAAUCAACCCUAAAUUCUAAUGCUCAUUGUUCAAUAUAUAAAUGCCGAAUACUUGCAAUAACGGACAUCAGUAGAAAAACAAUUACCUGAGUAAUUUUUUUUUUUAAACUUAAUAAAGUUGGACAAUGUCAAAACGCUAUUUCAAAAAUGUAUUCCUCGAUUGUCAGGAAGUUGAUUCAAGUACAUCUUAUGAUUUUUGGAAAGAUAAUGUGUACCGUCUAAUGGAGCUUGUAAGUCAAAAUACUUCAUCGUCAUCUGAUAAUGACUUGUAUACUGGAACAACUGGAAUCGCAUAUAUGUUUUAUCAUUUAUCUACAUCAGAAGGGUUUAAAAACAAUUCCACUGCUCUAUUGAAUAAAACAGUUGCAGUUUUAAGACUAACGGGAUCACAUUUAUCUGAAAAAUACUCAAGUCAAUUCAUUUGUGGUAAUGCUGGAAUUAAUGCUGUAAAUGCUGCAGUAUAUCACCAAAUUGGUGAUGAGAAAACUGCAGAAAUGUAUUUAGAGCGUUUUAAAAAUGGAUUAGCCAUUUGUAAGCCAAUCAAUUUUUUUAAACCAGGAGGAGACGAACUAUUUGUUGGUCGUGCUGGUUAUCUUUAUGGACUUUUAUGGUUAGAAAAAGUUUUUAAUAGGAAAAUAAUAGCCGACCUAGAUAUAAUUCAACUCUGUUUAACUAUUGUGGAGUCUGGACGUAAUUAUUCUAAAAAAAAUAGAAGUAUAUUUCCUCUUAUGUACUCAUAUUAUAAUACAGAAUAUUUAGGCGCAGCUCAUGGUUUGAGUACAAUUCUACAAGCAUUAAUUUCAUUUCCUUGUUUUAUUGAGAAAGAACAAAAAGCUAUGGAAGAUAUUAAAACAUGUAUAGAUAUACUGAUAUCAUUACAAACAACAAGUGGUAAUUUUCCUUGUGCAAUGGAUGAAUUAAAUUCAAGAAAAAGACCUGAAAGUGAUGAACUGGUUCAUUGGUGUCACGGAGCUCCAGGUGUUAUAUACUUAUUAGCUAAAGCAUAUUUGGUUUUUAAAGAACCUUCUUAUUUGGAAUGUUGUUUAAAAUGUGGAGACUUGGUAUGGACAAAAGGACUAUUAAAAAAAGGCCCUGGAUUAUGUCAUGGAAUAGCUGGGAACGGAUAUGUUUUCUUACUAUUAUAUAGAUUGACUGGCGAUAAAAAACAUUUAAACCGAGCUGUACAAUUUGGUAAAUUUAUAUUCACUGAUGAAUGUAUUCAAGGAUCUAGAAGACCAGACAAUUUGUACAGUUUAUAUGAAGGAUUAGCUGGCACAGUGUGUUAUUUGAGUGAUUUAACCCAACCAGAGAAAGCUAGUUUCCCAUUUUUAGAUGUGUUUUAAUUAUAUUUUUUUUUCAUACCAAACAAAUAUUAAAUGUUUACUUAUGUACAUGUAAUUUAUUUCAAUACAUAUUUUGAUAUUAGAUUAAGUGAAAAGCAACUCAUACUCCUAUACAGAAAUCUGUUUUUAUUAUUUUUAUGACAACAUUUUGGUCUAAUAAUAUGUAACCGUGGUAUAGACCAAUAGACCAUAGACGUAUAGUAAAUUCAUUGUGCCAAAGUUUAUUUGUUAAAACUCAUUUUCUAGGUACUUUGUAUAAAUUAUUAAUUUCUACUUUAUUCUUAAUUUAUGUAAUGUAAAAUAUUAAUAUAUAAAAAUGUUUAAGCAAUGAAAAACUAAAGUCACAGUCUAAGAUAGAAACAUAAAAAAAAUUUAAGUUGUA